CAUUGUGGAUCAGAGCUGAGACGCCAUUACAGGGUGUGACAUCUCUGCUGGAAAACACUCAUUUGAAGGAUUUUAAGUGAUCAAGUGAAGGAAAAGUAACUCGGUGAGUCUGACUGUUGAAAGAUCAUUUAGAAACCAAAGCAAAUGGCUGAGAAAAUUGCUCUUGUUGAAAGUUUCCUGAGUUGCCACGUGUGUUCAGAGACUUUCAGAGAUCCUGUGUCUCUGACCUGCAACCACAGCUUCUGUUCAAGCUGUCUGCAAAAAUUCUGGGAACAAGCUGAAAGCAAAAACUGUCCCAUUUGUAAAAGAAAAUCUUCAAAAGAUUAUCCUGGGGUGAACUUUAGACUGAGGGAACUAGCUGACUCAUUUGCAGGUAGACAGAAAGCUGGAUCAUCUGAGACAGAAAAAGGAGAAGAGGAGGUGGUGUGGUGCAAACAUCAAGAAGAGCCUAAAUUGUUCUGUGAGGAUGAACAGAGAGCUGUGUGUCCUGUCUGUGAGUUUUCUCUCCACCACGGUCACAAGUUGGUUCCUGUAGAACAAGCAGUCAGUGACCUGAAGGACCAGCUGAAAUCUGACUUAAAGUCUCUACAGGACAAGAGGAACAAAUACAAACAAGUGGAGAAAACAUACAAUGAAGUGAUUCAACACUCCAAGAAGCAGCUGUUGUCCACAGAGAGGAAGAUCAGAGCAGAGUUCAACAAGCUCCACCAGUUCCUGAAAGAGGAAGAGGAGUCCAGACUGGCAGCUCUGAGGGAGGAAGAGGAGCAGAAGGGGAAGACUAUCAGCAGAGAGAUGAAGAGGAUUCAGGAGCAGAUCUCCUCUCUGUCAGACAGUAUCUCUGCUGUUGAAGAAGACCUGCAGAAACACAAGGUGUCAUUCCUCAGCAGUUAUAAACCCACUCAGACCAGAGCCAGAGACCAGUGCUCACUGUCAGAUCCACAGCUGGUCUCAGGAGCGCUGAUAGAUGUGGCCAAACACCUGGGCAACCUGUCCUUCAGAGUCUGGGAGAAGAUGAAGGAGAAGGUCCACUUCAGUCCUGUCAUUCUGGAUCCAAACACUGCAAACCCCUGGCACUAUCUGUCUGAUGAUCUGACCAGUGUGAGAUGUGGAGACACAAAGCAGCAGCUCCCUGAUAAUCCAGAGAGAAACACUAAUUAUACCACUGUUCUGGGCUCUGAGGGCUUCAGCUCAGGGAAACACAGCUGGGAGGUGGAGGUGGGAGACCAUCCUGACUGGACUGUGGGUUUGGUUAAAGAAUCAGUUGACAGGAAGGGAAAGAUAUUUGUCUCACCAGAAUAUGGAUUCUGGUGUUUACUGCAUCGCAGUGGAAAAUACACUAAUGGUCUUGGUAAGACUGUCAGUGUGAAGAAGAGUCUCCAGAGGAUCAGAGUCCAGCUGGACUAUGACAGAGGGGAGGUGUCCCUCUACGACCCUGAAGACACGACUCACAUCUACACUCACACAGACACUUUCACUGAGAAACUCUUCCCUUAUUUCAGUGUUGCAAAGGCUGGUGAUGCUAAAACCACUGAUAUCAAAAUCUGUCAAACUCAGAUUUCUCUGUGAUGUUCAGGAAGGUUUGUGUUUUCAGCAUUUUGGUUUUAUUUUUCUAUUAUUUUUUUCUUUUAUCUGAAGCAAAUUUGAUUUGAUGUUGAGGGUCAAUUGAUGUUUUUGCUCAUUGAAACAAAUUAUCCAAAGUGGUUUUCACGUACAAAACAGACACAUGUACACCUCAAUAAUUGUUUUUAAUAGAGAAUUCACCGUAAAACUUUUACAUAUAUAUUCUGACUUCAAUAUCUAUUUAAAUCACAUUAUCAAUGUAAAUAAAUGUUCAUCCAGAAAAAAAAAAUCAACAAAAUACUGAGACUUUAUUACAUCAUCAUCUGAGGUGAACUUUUAUACAAAUACAAAUCAAAGCUGUUUUUAUUAUAACUUUUUAUCCUGGUUAGUAGCAUCUUGUUUUUAAUCAGACCACAAUAUAAUAUAGAUAUAAUAAACACCAGUGACUGUACAAAAUACUACAGUUGGGGGGAUUUUUAAACUUUCAUCAUAGUUAAGUUAAUUCAUAAUUAAGUUAAGUUAUUUCAGUGUUGAUCAUGUUUUAAUUUCAUUUUUUACACUUUAAACUCAGAGUCUCAGUGGUUCAGUGUAUCAAAAAUCAUUCUGGCUCUGAUUGAUUAUUAUUUGUUCUUUUGUUCUUCAACAGAACUGAUUUGUUGUUGAGGGUCACAGAUAUUGUUUUUUCUUGUUUUCAUGCAAAAACAUGAAAACCUAAACCGUUGUUCCCAUCUGAAUUUUUGAAAGACGUUGAGCCGUUCAAGAUUUAGUUGUUUUAUAUUUAGAAUGAAUUUAUUAAAGAUGGUAACUCCGUUAUGUUUACUGUUUAAUGGAUUUGAACAGAAUAUUUACUUAUGUUGUUAAAUACUCUGAUUCUGCUUUCUUGGCUUUCAAAAAUAGAUUUAGUGUGUAAGUUAGUUUUGUCGCCUCUUAAAAUAAAGAUGAAUUCACAAGAAAAUAUGGAGACAAAAUGCUGAAACUGUUUCACAUCAUCAAGAGACAAACUUUACAAAUCAAAGCUGUUAAUUAUCCUGGUUAUCAGCAUCUUGUUUUCAGUCAAACAACAUUGUAUAGUAGUAUAUAUCCACUGUACCAAAUGCUUUGAUUGAUUCAGUUUGGUGACAGUUUCAGUCAUCAGAUUUAGAUUUUUAUAUUUUUGGUCUUUUGAUGAGUUAUUUCAGUUGUGAAUCUGUUGUUUUAUUCUUUGGAAACAAGUGUUUUAAUAUAGUUUUAUUUUAAUUCAGUGUUUAAUUCUGACAGUGCUUCUGCAUACUGUGUGUGUCAUUUUGGUGGUGUAUACAUGGAUUGAUAAACUGCAAUGUUGAGAUGAUGAUCAACAUAAAAUAAACAAAAUCAACCAAAACAAUUUAGUUUAAUUAGUUUUUUUCUGAAUCAACUAUAUUUUAUAAAAUGUACAUCUGAUGGAUGCUGCUUGUCAUGAUGUGUAAUUAAAUCACCAGCAGUUCUUAUUCUAAACGUGUGUCAGUCAGAAAAGGAGAUACAGGUUGUUUCACUUUCUUUACAAACAUCUAUCAAAUAGUCAUGUGACUUUUCAAAAGGUAAAAUCGUACAAAACAAUUAUACAACCAGUUUUUGCAAAAUACAAUAUUUUCAUUUAAACUCAUUAAUGGUUUAAAUCUCAAUUUCUUAUUUUCAAAACAACAAAUUUCUCACUGAAACUGUUUCAACUUCAGUUUUCAGAACACAGUCUCAUAAUCUUUGUGUCGCCUCUUCAACAUUUAUGGACAGUCUGAACUUAUUUAGUUAAUAUUUCCUUUUGUAAAGUCACAUGACAAAUUAACUGAUUGUAUAGAAAGAAACCUGAAACAACCUCAUACCACCUUGAUGAUGCUAAAUAGACAAAACAUGUGAGUAAUAAAGCGUGACAUAUUAGAGAAUAGUUGUGCAACUUGUUUAUUUUAAUGGAGUCGUGUUAAUUCUCACACUGGUCUGCACCUCGCUGUGUGUGUCAAAUAUUGAAAUAGUCAGAAAAGGAGGGAAAACUUUAUUAAACAAAUCCUUGGAUGAUAAAACUGAAUGUAUGUGUGUUUACCCUCCACUACUUCAAGACAUGAACAUAAACUCUAAAAGAGGCUGUUCAAUUUAAAAGAAAUCAUUUACAACAGUUUCCUCCAGAAAUAUAUCUAUUUUCAGUUUGAGACUUUGUAUUUCUUCAUUUAAGGUGUUGAUAAUGAUUGUGAUUUAAGUGUUGUGUAAAGGUUAUUUGUAUGUCGGCGUUCAUCAUUUUAACUUGAAAGAUUAAAGUGAAAAACUUGAA